GUUUCAGUCAAUUGACAUCUAAUUUAGGUUAUCAUGUUUUAAUAAUUGAUUAUAAUUAAAUUUAAUUACAUAUAUGAAAUGGCUGAAAUUAUAUUCGAUGCAGUUGCUUAUUCAAAAAUAAUAUUUCAUGCUGCUAAGUAUCCACAUUGUUCUGUAAAUGGCGUUUUGUUGGCAGAUGCAUCAAAAUGUAAAGAACCAAAUAAGAUAAAAGAGUUACAAAUUGUGGAUUCGGUUCCUUUAUUUCACUUGUGUUUACAUGUGUCUCCGAUGGUUGAAAUUGCCUUAUCACAGAUAGAUUCCUGGGCUAAUGAGAACGGCCUCCUCAUAGUAGGAUACUAUGUUGCAAAUGAGGGUAUUAAUGACAAUACAAUUGAAAAAUGUUCGACAUCAAGUUUAAAAAUUGCUGAAAAAAUUGCUGAGCAGUUCAGUGCCGCUUUGCUGACAGUGGUCGACAACACCAAAAUGGCACAUAAUAAUGAGGAAGUAGCUUUAAAUGUAUGGCAGUUCAAUGAUGGUAAAUGGAAACAUAAACCUGAAGAGCCACAGUUAACACCAGUUGAAACGAUAGAAGCAGUUUCAAGUUUAUUGAGGCAAGGUAUUAAGGAUGUAGUUGUAGACUUUGAUAAUCAUUUAGAUGAUGUCAAACUCGAUUGGACAAACAAAGCACUGGAAAAAAAUGUAAAAGAAAUUUUAAAUUUGUGUGUAUGACGAUGAUUUCUAAAUGAACUUUAGUAUAUAAACAA